AUGAAAUCAGUGUUUUUCAGCCGCUUCUUCAUCCUGCUGCCCUGGGUCCUGAUUGUCAUCAUCAUGAUCGAUAUCGACAGUAAAAGGACCAUCCGGGCUCCAGUCGCCGGUCGGACCGGCAGGACGCAGCGGACGGCCAGAACCGCCGGCGCACCGGGGGUCGGCGGCACCCACAACCAGUCCGCCCUGCCGAUCAUCUACGCCAUCACUCCGACCUACACCCGGCCGGUGCAGAAAGCGGAGCUGACCCGGCUGGCCCACGCAUUCCGCCAGGUGCCCCGGUUCCACUGGAUCGUAGUGGAGGACUCGACGGCGCGCACGGAGCUGGUGGCGCGCUUCCUGGCCCGGUGCGGCGUCCCGUACACGCAUCUGCAUGUGUUCACUCCCCGCAGGUUCAAGCGCGCCGGGAUGCCACGCGCCACCGAACAGAGGAAUGUGGCUCUCGCGUGGCUCCGGCAGCACCGGAGCAGGCGGGACACCGGGGUGGUUUUCUUCGCGGAUGACGACAACACGUACAGCCUGGAGCUGUUCGAGGAGAUGCGUAGCACUCGCGGCGUGUCUGUUUGGCCUGUGGGAUUUGUGGGUGGCCGAGCAUAUGAGCGCCCCCUGGUGUCUGGGGGUAAAGUUGUGGGCUGGUACACCGGCUGGAGACCGGACCGACCCUUUGCCACCGACAUGGCAGGUUUUGCGGUGAAUCUCCAGGUGAUCCUGGCAAACCCGCGGGCGCAAUUCAAACGACGAGGCUCCCAGCCGGGCAUGCAGGAGUCUGACUUCCUCAAGCAGAUCACCAAGGUCACCGAGUUGGAGCCCAAAGCCAACAACUGCACACGGGUGCUGGUUUGGCACACUCGCACAGAGAAACCACACCUCGCAAAUGAGCCCAAACACCGAAAAGACACGGUGGUCAUCGAGGUGUGAUUGCGGCUGAGGCUAACGAUAGCACCCUGCUUUCUCUCCUUAUUGGGUUAAUACAAUCUGUUCAGGAUGGAUACAGACUCUGAGGAGCUGCAUGAUUCAAGACUCCUGGCUGUCUGUCAGACGUUGCUUUGUGAAAGCUGGACAGCACAGAAUAUGUUUGUUUUACAAACUGGGAUGACUAGGACUGUUGGCUCCCUCCAUCCACAGCUUGCUGAUGUAAAAAGUAAACUAUAAAUGUAAAAAAUAUCAUGUUGCUGAACGGAAAAGUACCAUGUGAGUCAUUUUGAAUCAUUAAUGUCGUUUUUAAUUAUUAAUACAUCACUGUCAAAUUAACUGUGGCACCGUGAUAUAAUUACAAUAGAAAGGAGGCUCGUGGUCCAGAUGAUGGGUUCCAAUUUUAUGACUGUAAUGUUGAAGUGCUGACAUUUACCCAAAAUCAAAGGACAUUUUGUGAAACAUGGUUGUUUGCUUUCUAUUUAUGAGUGUGAUAAGCUUGAUACAAAUUUCAAACCUGUGAAUUAAGUAUGAAUCAGGAUGCAGUUAGCAUAAAGCUAGCUUUGUAUAGAGACUGGUAGAAGGGAUAAAUAAUGUUCAAACUGAAAAUAGCAUUAAAAAUAAUUCUCAACACCUUGGAAACUGUAGUGUUAACAUGCAGUAUACAACAGUACAGUACAUUCCUGUGCAAUAGCUAACUGUCAAAUGAUUCUAAAUUGUAUCAACUUACAAGGAUUACAUUAUUUUUAAGUUGAACUAUGGAAAAUGUUCUCUCAUGAACAAUCAAAAAGAAAUACCUUAGAAAGACUAUUUUGAACAUACAGGCCCUAAAUCAGAAACUUAAUGCAACAAAAGUAAAUACAUGUGUGAUCACUGACACACAAGUUAGAAAAUCUGUGAUCUUAACUACAUUGAGUCCAAGUGUGAUUUCCAAUCAGUCUAAUUACAUGGUUCUAAAUUAACUGUGAACACCAGAACUUUCUCAGCUUUGGAUCUAUGGACUGUGUCUAUCAGCAUGUCUGCUCACGGCUCCGCUUUGAAAAGAACUAGCAGAGGAAUUAAAAAUUUGAUUGUGAGACUUCACAAAGAAGUAAAGAAUACUGGAGGGUCAGUGACCAACUAUAAAUCAGUGGAGACACAGUUGCUGCAGUAUUUACAAGGUAUAUAACGAGUAGUACCACUAAUCAGAUCUGCAGUGGUCAUGAUCCUAUAAUGACUGCAUGGACGGUGCGCUACUUUGGCAACCUGGCUCUGAAAAACAACAAGCAGCUGCUUCAGACUUGGCACAGGGAUUAUCAAUGGAAAUCAGUUUCUGUGAAGCUCAGACAGUGUGAAGGACAGUUCAUAACAUCAACCUCUGUGGAAGGUGUCCAAGAAAAACACCCUUGUUUGCUCUUCAGAACAAAACUGCAAGAUCAAACUUUGUCUGAAGAACGUAAAAAGAAGCCUGAUGAAUAUUGCAAAAACCCCCAUUCUUUGGUCAGACGAGGCCAAGGUGAAUUUGUUUGAUGAGAUGGAAUCCAGCAUAUUUGGAAAGACUACCACAGUGAAUGCAUGAACCUGACAGUGAAGCACGGAGGUGGAAGUGUGAUGAUACGGGGCUGCAUGAGAGCAAAAGGUGUUGGGGAGAUUUAGAUUCAUCACCAUGAAUGUCUGUGGAUAAACCAAAAUACUGACUGACAACAUGACUCCCAGUCUACAGAGGCUUGACAGAAGAGGAAUAUUCCACCAUAAUAACCAUUCAAAACACACUGCCAAAAGAAGAAAAAAGGACAAACUAUGACCUAAGCAAGUGUGAUACCUGACUUGAAUACAAUAGAACACUUUUGGGGUAUUUUAAAGAGAAAAUAGAUCAACACAACCCUUCCAGCAAACAGCAUCUGAACAAACAUGUUCUCUAAAAAAUGGCAGAGUAUCUCUCCAGAUAUUUGGUAUCCUCUAUGCUGAGGAGGAUUGAGUCUGUUAUCAAAAAUAAAGAGAGAAAUUUGAUGUAUUGAAAGAAUAAAAGAUCUGAAUCUCUGUAAUGAAAGGUGUGCUGACUUUUGUUGCAUUGAGUUCCUACUGUGGGGCCUGUGUAUUUAAUAUAGAAAAUCUAAACAGUCAAUGUUUAAUCUUACGAGAGGAAAUACUGCUCAACUUAAAAUCGAGCCAGGUAUUGAGGUGAUAACAUUUAGAAUCAUUUGACGAUGUACUCAUUUUUGGAACAGAAAUACUGCAAAUACUACAACAUGCUAGAUACAAUAAGCUUUAAAAGUGUUCAGAGAUGUUUUUUUUUUUUGUUUUUUUUUUACUUUAGAGGAAACCAAGCUAGCUGUUUUCCUCUUCUUGCGGUCUUUAUGCUAAGCGAAGCUAACAGUAUUGUAACUCCAGGUCCGUGGUUAAAAGACACAUCAUUUUCUCAAAAAGGUCGUGGAGAGAAAACGAGUUAAGUGUAUUUCCUAAAUGACUGAAUAAUUACCAUAGCUUUCACUACGGAUGUUAACAAUGCAGGAGGGUAUUUUAUUUAUUUUUUAGCCUUGUGUUCAAUAGUUUUAGCUCAGUUUGUUCCAGAAGAACAUCCUCUUUAUUCCUUCACAGGGCCUCAUACCCACAAAAUGCCAGUCAGAUGGCGAGAGAAACAGCCAGCUCUGGUCUUCUUUGCUUCAGUGAUUCACAUGAAUGUCUCACAGUUAAUGCUGCAAUGAUUUAUUGAUGCUUAAAUGCUAUUUAAUUUUCCUUUGAUGCACCUGACCAUAUGUAUAUCUCAUGAAAUGGAGCGAAUUUUGGCGUCCUCUCAUUCUGUAUGUAUGUGAAGUUCUGUGAUCAGGAUGGGAAGUGGCUCACAUCAAGUAACAAAUAACAUGAUUCCUGACAAGCUGCCAUCAAUAAUGUAGAGUCUGUGGGCCGACAACAAAGAAAACGCACCUGCCAGCCAGGGAGUGAAAAGUAUGUAAGCAGCACAUCAUAGAGGCUGCGACUUUCACAGCUCCACUGUGUGAAGAACCCUUUUCUUCAGCGGUAUUGUCCUGAGCAUGUGAUGGGGUUUGAUGUACACACAGGAGUCAAAAAAACAAAACAAAACAGGAUGAAAUCCAGGAUUCAACAGCCUUUAUUCCAAAUGACCCUUCUGUAAACAGGAACGGAAAAAAGGAGCAAACAAACUAAAUCCUCCAAAGAUAAAACAGUACUUUCAGAGUAGUCAUUGGACAAAGAUGAACACAGAAAGAUUCCUGUAUAUUUACGGUUUUAAUGCACAAAACCACUUUUUUUUUCUCUGUACUAGGCACCAGAAAAUGUAAACACACUGGAAAUAAACCUGGAGGACAUUGUG